AUGAGGGUCUGGUUUAUACAAAAAGGAGGGGGUUGCUCACCAUUCAAAAUAAUUCAUUCCCUACUCUAAGUUGUCUUUUCUGUAAAUUAAACCUAACUCAUGGUGCAUUUAAAAUACAAUGCACUUCACACUCAACUUGUCAAGGGUACAGCAAUUAUGUAAAGUGAGGCACCCUGUAAUACUGUUGGGCCCUCAGCAAGUCCCUGGGCUCCAGGGCUCUGGGCAGCCCAGCUGUCACUGCCACAAACAGGUGGUGUAAGACAAUAGCUCCACAGAGCCGACUCACUCUCCAAGCUCUCUAGCAGCCAAGCUUCCAGCCAGAGAGGGCUUGCGAGCGGCACACAGGCCAUCACUCGGACACCAAUCCACAGGAGCGCCGACAGCCCAUGGAGCCCUGGCCGCUCCUCCUGCUCCUGGGGCUCUGCUCAGCUGGCCUCGUCCUGGGCUCCGAACAUGAGACCCGCCUGGUGGCGAAGCUAUUUGAAGAUUACAACAGUGUGGUGCGGCCAGUGGAAGACCACCGCCAGGCUGUAGAGGUCACCGUGGGCCUACAGCUGAUCCAGCUCAUCAACGUGGAUGAAGUAAAUCAGAUUGUGACAACCAACGUGCGGCUGAAACAGCAAUGGGUGGAUUACAACCUAAAAUGGAAUCCAGAAGACUAUGGAGGUGUGAAAAAAAUCCACAUUCCCUCGGAAAAGAUCUGGCGCCCAGACCUUGUUCUUUAUAACAAUGCAGAUGGUGACUUUGCCAUUGUCAAGUUCACCAAAGUGCUCCUGGACUACACUGGCCACAUCACAUGGACACCCCCGGCCAUCUUCAAAAGCUACUGUGAGAUCAUCGUCACCCACUUCCCUUUUGAUGAACAGAACUGCAGCAUGAAGCUGGGCACCUGGACCUAUGACGGCUCGGUGGUGGCCAUCAACCCGGAAAGCGACCAACCAGACCUGAGCAACUUCAUGGAAAGUGGAGAAUGGGUGAUCAAGGAGUCCCGGGGCUGGAAGCACUGGGUGUUCUAUGCCUGCUGCCCCUCCACCCCCUACCUGGACAUCACCUACCACUUUGUCAUGCAGCGCCUGCCUCUCUACUUCAUCGUCAACGUCAUCAUUCCCUGCCUGCUCUUUUCCUUUCUAACUGGCCUGGUGUUCUACCUGCCCACGGACUCAGGAGAGAAGAUGACUCUAAGCAUCUCUGUUCUGCUGUCCUUAACCGUGUUCCUCCUGGUCAUCGUGGAGCUGAUCCCUUCCACCUCCAGUGCCGUGCCCUUGAUUGGGAAAUACAUGCUGUUCACCAUGGUGUUUGUCAUCGCGUCCAUCAUCAUCACCGUCAUCGUCAUCAAUACACACCACCGCUCCCCCAGCACCCACGUCAUGCCCGACUGGGUACGCAAGGUUUUUAUCGACACUAUCCCAAAUGUCAUGUUCUUCUCCACAAUGAAAAGACCAUCCAGAGAAAAACAAGACAAAAAGAUUUUUACAGAAGACAUUGAUAUUUCUGACAUUUCUGGGAAGCCAGGGCCUCCACCCAUGGGUUUCCACUCUCCCCUGAUCAAACAUCCCGAGGUAAAAAGUGCCAUUGAAGGAGUCAAAUACAUCGCAGAGACCAUGAAGUCAGACCAGGAGUCCAAUAACGCGGCCGAGGAAUGGAAGUACGUUGCAAUGGUGAUGGACCACAUUCUCCUUGGGGUCUUCAUGCUUGUCUGUAUCAUUGGAACCCUGGCCGUGUUUGCAGGUCGGCUCAUUGAAUUAAAUCAGCAAGGAUGAGCACAGCUGAGCUCCAGGCAGAGCAGAGAAAGGCGGG